GGUAUUGGAAGAGUUACUCUUGCCGAUACAGCAGCUCGUUACGGGUACGUGAUGGGACGAAAAGUAGUGUAACUCGUCACCGGUGAUAGGUGGGACGAGGUAUGGCCAGGAAGGGGAGUUACGCUUGCGUAUACGCCAGCUCGUGACCAGGUGCGAUGGGGUGUGUGGUUGUCAGUGCUGGUCGCGCCACCACAACGUCCACACCAGCAACACCCAGUCAUGUCUCCGCUCUCCCCAACUCCCCACUAGUGCCGCCCCUCACCUGCUGAGUGGGGCGCCCUUUUCCCUCGAUUCCUCCCCUACUCUCCCCCUGUGUCCUCCCCCGUGGAACCCUGUGAUGCCCCCGGGUACAGUGUCAUAGGACCCCUGUGCAGACAGACCUGUAGCAGGGGUGUUUAGAGGCACGCGCGCGCUGUCUGCGUGUUGGUGGAACAACAGGUGGAGUUUAGGAAGGUGGCUGUGAUGUGAGGCACCACUGGCACUGUAGCAGCAGCAGCCGCAUGCUGCACCAGGCCCAGAACACCCUCGCUAGCAGUGUUAGGGCAGUGCCAGGUAUUUCAGGCACUGGUGUUGCCUGUGACAUAGAGGGACGUGGCGUAGGCCUUCACUAUCAUCCUGGAGUAGCCUCGCUCACACAGGGACCUGGUGUAGGCCUUUGGGGUCCCUUCUGAGUAGGCUGUUUCAUACAGGAACGCUGUUUAGGCCUCCAGGAUCUCCAUGAGUAGGCUGGCUCGCGAAGAGACCUGGUCAAGGCCUCUAGAAAUCAUCCCAAAUAAACUCGUUCACGCUGGCUCAACUCAAAGAGGCUCAGUGAUCGACAGGUGUUGAAAAUAAUAUAUAUUAUUAUAUAUACACAGAGCUCAAAGUGUUUUUUUUUUUGUCACGCGGCAGUUCUCAAUCCUCUCUACUCAGCCAUCCCAUCUUCAAAGACUGCUCGAAAACCAAAAAAGUAUCGUAGCUGUGGGAUUUGUGUGACCAACUUGCGAUUCAUCUAGUUUUUUACAGGCAGCAACGCAGAGCGACCGAUUCAGAGAGUUUUCGAGGAUUACAUUGACAGGAGGAAGUCUGAGAGGAGGAGCCUCAGAUGCAAGGAUGAGUUUCCUAAAUUCCCUACAGCAGGUGGUAGCCGGCGUCACCAACACCCUCUCCCUCUCACCUAAGAGGUUCCCCUUCGGCAGGGAGAACAGCAGUGGUGGGGGAAGCAACGAUAUCACUACUGCCACCACCACUACUACCACCACUACCACCACUGCAGUGGGUGGGUAUCACUACCACCACCGCCCAGGAGGCUCGCCCAAUCCACGCCUGGGGCCGAGGUUGGUGCCCACGCCUGGGAGUGGGGUGGGGGCAGCACCACGCCCACAGGGGCGGGCCAAGAGCUUCAUGAACCAGAUGCUGCAUCCUCCGCCUCCGCCCAUGCAACAGCAGGUGGUGAAGAGGGAGAGGGAGCGGCGCCCCCUGCCAGUGCUGCAGUGUGGCGAUCGCUUCACCUACUGGCCAGAGUAUGACCCCAGCCAGACCUGGGUGAGCGAGAGAGAUGGUGGCUGGUUGGAGCAAUUUACUUCGCUGGGUUGGCGUCAUAGCGAGGCGCUGAGGACCCUGAGGGCCCAGGGGCGCCAGGGGUCAAGAGACGUAGCCCCUGAGGCCCUAGCAUCACUCAGGAAAAGUGAGCGACGCCUCAGCAAAGCAGAGAUGGAAGGGUUGUACGUGGAGGUGCUGUACACGGUGUUCCACAAGAUUGGAGCACAACAUCACUCGGAGAAGAAAGAUCUCUCGGAGGACCUGCAUCGGUAUGCUCAGGCGGCCUUCCAUAUAGAACCGCAUGACCAUGCCAGGCUACAGGCUGUCGCUCAGGAGGAGAAGCCUCCCAUCCUGGUGCUCAACUUAGUGGUGGUGGAAGCAGAGAAUUUAGAAGCCAAGGAUCCUAACGAUAUUCAUUUGACCCUUAGUAAAUUCCACUUUUUAGAAGUAUCAGCACUCAAUUCCAGGAGAGUGUUGGCACUUAGUUCCAAGGAGAGUGUCAGCACUCGGUUCCAGAGAGUGUCAGCACUCGGCACUAAAGUUCUUCUGGGUUACCACAGCAUGCUAGAGAACCAUAGCAUUCUAGAGAACCAUAGCAUUCUAGAGAACCACAGCAUGCUAGAGAACCACAGCAUGCUAGAGAAUCACAGCAUGCUAGAGAACCACAGCAUGCUAGAGAAUCACAGCAUUCUAGAGAACCACAGCAUGCUAGAGAACCACAGCAUUCUAGAGAACCACAGCAUGCUAGAGAACCACACCAUGCUAGAGAACCAUAGCAUUCUAGAGAACCACAGCAUGCUAGAGAACCACACCAUACUAGAGAAUCACACCAUGCUAGAGAACCACACCAUGCUAGAGAACCACACCAUGCUAGAGAACCACAUCCAUACUAGAAAACAACCAUGUGUUCAAAACAGAAAUGAAAGAACUGAACCAAAUAGCCACCGUGCUCUUGGAAAUACAGAAAUCACAAAUGAAACCGCAUCACCAAUUACAGAAAACACAAAACCCUAG